AUGGGGGACCUCCCAGAUACAAGCACGACCAGUGCACAGCAGGCUUACGUUUCUGUUGGUAAUACCAGUGCAUCCCAACGACAAACGCCACAAAAUGGCGCUGGACAACGAUCUGCUUUGCAACAUGGCCAACCCUCACGCCAGCAAGCCUUCCACUCGCAGUUUGACGCUACAUCACAACCAUCCCAACAACCAGGCCAGAUGGCUUUUCAGAUGGGCCAUAUGGGAAACGACCUUCCUCAAACCAACUAUCGUGGAGGACAGGUGCCUCCUGGAUAUCAACAAGCAUUCCACGCUUCAUCUCAGGCAGCCAUGAUGCAACAAAUGCAGCAGAUGCAGCAAUACAAUAAUCAACAGUCUCAGAUGCCCAGCCAAGGCUAUUACGGACAAACACAAUUACCCCAAUACUACUCUACCGAUCAAAUGAAUCCACACGGACCGCCGCCAAAUUUGAUGGUUCAGCCUGGCGUGCAGUAUUACGCAACUCAGAUGCCUAUGGCACCCCAAUCGCCAACCUUUUAUGCCAACCCUCAACCAAAUAGGCCUGGUAGGAACCAGCACGGACAACAGCACAGUAACUGGCAGCAACAAGCCUCACAGCCUACUCAGAGCUCCCGAUCUCAUCACCAAAACCGACCAAAAAUAACUCCCAUCAAAAGCAGUAAUUCGAUUCGUGGGCCACCUCGUAAGCCAAAACAGAGUGGCCAUGCUAUUUGGAUCGGAAACCUGCCCCCGGCCACUAAACUGCUGGACUUGGUUGACCACGUCUGUCAAGAAACAGAAAACUUAGAGUCUCUAUUCUUGAUAUCUAAGAGCAACUGUGCCUUUGCCAACUUCAAAGACGAACAAAUGUCACUUGAUGCCCAGGCGAAAUUACACGACUCGAAGUUUCAGUCAAUUCGACUGGUGUGUAGGCUUCGCAAGGUUGAGGGAACCGGGGACAAAACAAAUUCUACUGACAACUCAAUUGAUACCGCUCCCGCUGAGAAGACAGAAGAGGAGGUGGUCGAAUCUGCCAGCCCUGUGGUUGGAUACCCUCCAAAGCCGUCUCCAGCGGAGCCAUCAGAUACAACUACAACAACUGCGCCAACAUCCAAAGAUCGAUUUUUCAUCUUGAAGAGUCUCUCUCUAGAAGACCUGGAACGAAGUCUUCAAACUGGUAUUUGGGCGACUCAGUCUCAUAACGAAGCUGCGCUGGGCGAAGCACACAAGACUGCUGACAAUGUAUAUCUCAUUUUCUCCGCCAAUAAGUCCGGCGAAUAUUUUGGGUAUGCGCGAAUGACAUCCCCAAUUAACCAAGACCCUGCGGCAGCUAUUGAAUUCGCACCCCAAUAUCAAGCUCCUGCUGAGAUCGACACACCCAAGGCCACCGUAGCUGAAGCAACAGAAAAACGACCAGCUGGAAGAGUAAUAGACGAUUCUACUCGAGGAACAACAUUUUGGGAAAUUGAACGCGAAGAUGUGGAUGUUGUCGACGGUGAAGACGACGACGUCAAAAGCACCAAGACGGACGACGCGGACGAAGAGAUACAAACAUUAGGCAAACCGUUUCACUUGCAGUGGCUAUCUAGUAGUCGGUUACCCUUUUACAGAACUCGUGGCUUGAGAAAUCCAUGGAAUUCCAACCGAGAAGUCAAGAUUGCACGAGACGGUACCGAAUUGGAGCCGUCCGUGGGCCAGAAACUUGUCGCCUUGUUCAAUCGCAACCAGAGUCAGGGAUAUCCAGCUCAACAUCUGCAAAUGCAAAUGCCACAGCAAGAAACAUUUCCAGGAUUCAAUCCCUUGACUCGUUACAGCCAUUGA